AUUGUCGUUGUGCCUCUCCUAUCCAAAAAUUUACGUUUUUCUAUAAUCAAGAAUCCAUAUAAAAAAUAAUUAAUUGAAAACAAUUAAUGAAUUCAUUGCAUCUUUUAUUAAUUAAUAUCUUAGAUCUCGAUUUCCAAAGUGUUUAAUACAUCUCAUUGAAAAUUAUAUUGUGUAUUGAAAGGUGCAAUCUGUAUUAAGUGAUAAAAUGUGGGGCGAUUCUUUAUUGAUUGUUUUUAUUUCAAUAUGCACAGCUUUUUUAGGAGAAGGUUUGACUUGGGUUUUGGUGUACAGAACAGAAAAAUAUCAAAAACUUAAGGUAGAAGUCGAACGCCAAAGUAAAAAACUGGAGAAACGUAAAGAAGCCCAUGGGGAUUCUCUGGAUAAGCAACACAAAAAGAAAAUUGGAAGAGAAGAAGAAAGGUUGAAGAAUAAUAACAGAGAUCUGUCACUUGUUAAGAUGAAAUCAAUGUUUGCAAUUGGUUUUGCUUUCACAGCACUCUUGAGUAUGUUUAAUAGCAUUUUUGAUGGCAGAGUCGUGGCCAAGUUGCCAUUUCAUCCUAUUACCUGGAUACAAGGACUGAGUCAUAGAAACCUUCCUGGAGACAACUAUACAGAUUGCUCAUUCAUCUUUUUGUAUAUACUCUGUACUAUGAGCAUAAGGCAAAAUAUUCAAAAGCUCUUAGGAUUUGCUCCAUCAAGGGCUGCAUCUAAACAAGGUGGUGCAAUGUUUACUGCAACACCUCAAUUUAAGUAAAAAUCUAUUUAUUUAUAAAGUUGUAAUUAGAAGUAGUAAGAAUUAUAGUGGAUUUAAUUAAAAUGUAGGGAUUUCUAUAAGAAAA